AUGCAGUCGUUUUGGAGAGCUCGUAAGAUCGACGAGGUGACGUCAGAUGACGACAAGAUCGCUCCCGUCUAUCGCCUGGACGAGAUAUGCUCGGACGUGCUGUCGAGUCCGUCCGAGGUGGUGAAGGAAGUAGUCGAUUACAUCAUGCAGCGCCUCAACCACUCCUCGCCCUUCGUCAAGCUAAAGUCCCUGCGGCUGAUCAAGUACACAGUCUCGCGGGCAGGCACGGAGUUCCGCCGCAGCAUACAGCGCCACUCCGCCACCAUCAAGGGCAUGGUCCACUAUCGCGGACAGCCGGAUCCGUUAAGAGGCGACGCGCCCAACAAGGCCGUCAGGGAGGCGGCGCAGGAGGCGGUGCAGGCGAUUUUCAACCCACAGAACGAUAUCAAACCAGGCGCAGGCGCCGCGGGCGUCAGUGGCGGCGGCGGCAGUGCCUCUACCGGAGGUGGCUAUAAUGGGUAUGGGCCCAGCGGCGGGAUGGAGGGCGGGCGGCGUCGAAUGGAGGGAUUUGGAAGCACCCCGGCGAGGGGAGAUGGGGGUGCUGGGGGCGGCGGGGGGGGGAGGGGUGGCGGAGGAGGAGGCGGAGCAGGGGGGAUCGGCGCUGUGUUGGGUGUGAGUAGCGAGUCGAUCCGGCAGGGGAUCAGCAAGCUGGCGGGUGUGGUGGGGCAAGGCGCAGGAGGCUCCGCGCGGGGGAAGGCAGGCGGGGGGGAGUUUGAAGAACCAGCAGGCGGGGGAAGCUACGUUGGGCCGCGGUUGGACACGGUAGGGGGCGGUGGAGAUGCAUACGGGUAUGGAGGCAGCGGGUAUGGUCACGGAGAUGGGUCGUCCUACCACCAGCAGCGGUACCCUGGUCCUUCCUCCUCCUCCUCCUCUUCCUCGUCUGGUGCGUCUAAGUACGUGGGUUUUGACCGGCAGGGGCGCACGUUCGACGCGUCUACUAACUCGUACUCGCCUGCUGCGGCACCUGCGGGUUACUCUGGCGCGGGCAGGGACAGAGAGUAUGGGUCGGACCGAGGGUACAGAGCAGGGGGGGGCUAUGGCGGUGGUGGGGGAGGGGGAGGAGGGCCGUAUGGUGGGGGAGGGGGAGCAUAUGGCGGUGGGGGCGGGGGGGGAUAUGGAGGGGGAGGUGCGGAAGAGGACAGGGCAGGAGGGUGGGGCGACGGGGGGCAGCAAGGGGAGGGACGCACUGAGGCAAGUGCAUGGGGAGGGCCGUCUGGGUCCGGGGACGGAAUUGACGGAGGGGGGGGCGGAGCAGGCGGAGGAGUAGGCGGAGGGGGAGGGGGGAGCAGUGAGGAGGAGCGAGUGGUGGAGGGCAUGACGGGGGCAGGCGGGGUGAGGCUGCAGCCCACACGCGAGGCGCUGAGGGGCUUCAUUGCGAGCCUGCCGAAGCUGAAUGCGGGCGCCGUGGCUCAGGCGCUGGAAGCUCGCCUGCUCAGCAACCUGUGGCAGACGCGGCUGAAGGCAAUGUGCGUGGUGGAGGCGGUGGUGCGGGAGGAGGGCGACCCUCAGUGUGACGCCAUUUAUUACUUUUUCGCUGACAACCCCCACGCUCUGCAUGAGAACGUGGACUCACCGCAAACCUCACUCAGAGACAAGGCCAAACGGGCCGACAACCCCCACGCGCUGCAUCAGAAUGUGGACCCGCCUCAGACGUCCUUCAGAGACAAGGCCAAGCGGACGUCGCUCAGGGACAAGGCCAAGCGGGUAGGUUUCACCAGGCUGAUCCGUCCAUGUGUGUGUGCUUGGGGGCAUGGGAGCGACUAUCUGGCCGACAACCCCCAAGCGCUGCAUGAGAAUGUGGACUCGCCUCAGACGUCGCUCAGGGACAAGGCCAAACGGGCUGACUAUCUGGUCGACCACCCCGCUUCCCCCCAUGCCAUGUGCUUGGUUUCCUGGGCUUGCGUCACCCAAUUCCAGGUGCUUGACCUCCUGGGCCUGCGGCACCAGCAAGAGGGGCAGCCAUCCCCCCACACACCCCCGCCAGCAGCAGCAGCGGUUGUUGUGCCUGACUUGAUCGACGUGGGGGAGGGCGAGGCAGAGGGAGGAGAGGGAGGGGAGGGGAGAGCAGCGGAGGUAGGGGCGAUAGCGAGUGGUGAUUCGUCCGGUUCGCAGGCGCCUGGUGUGGCUGCAGUAGAUGACUUGCUAGGAGGGGGGAGCAUGGACCCGUUCAGCUCACUCAACUCCGCUCCCCCUCCUUCGUCUGUUCCCGCUACAGCCGCUACACCUACUACAGCUACUGCAGCUGCUACAGCUGCUACAGCUGUAGCCCAAGACCCGUUUGCUGGUCUCUCUGGUGACGUCACGGCACAAACGGCCGACCUCUUUCAAGGGCUCAGCGUCAACAGUCAAGGCGCUGAUGCUGAUGCUUCUGGUUCUGCUGCUGGUGGUGGGGCUGCUGCUGGUGCUGUUAAUCCUGCUGGUGGCGCCGGUGGUGGUGGGGAAGGGGGAGAUCUGUUUGCGGGUAUGAGCGUGAACCAGCAGCAACAGCAGCCGCAGCCACUCUCUGCAGGCGUGGCGAAGCCGAAACAGGCAGCAGCGCCGCAGUGGGGAAUGGGGGGAGCGGGCAUGCUAGGUACCCCCAUGACCAUGCCUGUUCCCAUGGUGCCUGCAUCAGCAGCAGCAGGGGGAGGAGGUGGGAUGACCAUGGGCAUGGGUAUGGGUAUGGGGAUGGGGAUGGGCAUGGGGAUGGGUGCAGCAGGGGGCAUGCAUCCCAUGAUGGUCCCCAUGCCUAUGAUGGCUCCUGGGGGAGCCAUGAUGGCUGGUCAUCCUGGAGCACAUAGUGGCAGCCAUGGGGACGAAGAAGGGGCCACCAGCGAUGAUGAUCGCAACAAUCGUUCCACAACCAUGUGGCAACCUCAGCACAAGGAUGCUGCAAUCAUGCUGCAUCUGCUGGAUGCUGCAAUCAUGUUGCAUCUGCUGGAUGCUGCAAUCAUGUUGCAUCUGCUGGAUGCUGCAAUCAUGUUGCAUCUGCUGGAUGCUGCAAUCAUGUUGCAUCUGCUGGAUGCUGCAAUCAUGUUGCAUCUGCUGGAUGCUGCAUUCAUGUUGCAUCGGCUGGAUGCUGCAAUCAUGUUGCAUCUGCUGGAUGCUGCAAUCAUGUUGCAUCUGCUGGAUGCUGCAAUCAUGUUGCAUCUGCUGGAUGCUGCAAUCAUGUUGCAUCUGCUGGAUGCUGCAUUCAUGUUGCAUCGGCUGGAUGCUGCAAUCAUGUUGCAUCUGCUGGAUGCUGCAAUCAUGUUGCAUCUGCUGGAUGCUGCAUUCAUGUUGCAUCUGCUGGAUGCUGCAAUCAUGUUGCAUCUGCUGGAUGCUGCAAUCAUGUUGCAUCUGCUGGAUGCUGCAAUCAUGUUGCAUCUGCUGGAUGCUGCAAUCAUGUUGCAUCUGCUGGAUGCUUCCCCCUAA